AGUUGGUAGAAAACCCAUAUAUUUUUCACUUCACUUCCACUGCGCCACUUCCUUCCUGGCCUUCCUGAACCAAAAUCCCACUCAAAUAUCUCUCCUCCUUCAUAAACAACAAAACAAUGGCGUUGCCAGCGCUGCCCAAAGUAGAGCUUCGAGAACUGGGCAACACAGGCCUCAAGCUCAGCUGCGUCGGCUUCGGCGCCUCGCCUCUGGGCAACGUCUUCGGUCCCGUCUCUGAUGACGAAGCCAUCGGCUCCGUUCGCGAAGCCUUUCGUCGUGGCAUCAACUUCUUCGACACCUCUCCGUACUAUGGUGGGACUUUGUCAGAGAAGGUGCUUGGUAAAACACUAAAAGCUCUAGGCGUCCCAAGGAGUGAGUACAUUGUGGCAACCAAGUGUGGGCGCUAUGCUGACGGUUUUGAUUUCAGUGCGGAUAGAGUGACUAAGAGCAUUGAUGAGAGCUUGGAAAGGUUGCAGCUGGAUUACGUUGAUAUAUUGCAAUGCCAUGACAUUGAAUUUGGGUCUCUAGAUCAGAUUAUCAAUGAAACAAUCCCUGCCCUAAAGAAACUCAAGGAAACAGGGAAGAUUCGUUUCAUUGGUAUUACAGGACUUCCAUUGGGAAUUUUCACAUACGUUCUCGAUCGGGUACCACCUGGCACAGUGGACGUGGUUCUGUCAUAUUGCCACUAUGGUAUUAAUGAUUCAGCUUUGGAGGAUUUAUUACCAUACCUAAAGAGCAAAGGUGUUGGUGUCAUUAGUGCUUCUCCACUUGCUAUGGGCCUUCUAACCGAGAGUGGUCCUCCAGAAUGGCACCCAGCAUCUGCUGAAUUGAAGUCUGCAUGCCGAGCUGCUGCUGUCUAUUGUAAAGAGAGAGGGAAGAACAUUUCAAAGUUAGCUAUGCAAUACAGUUUGUCCAACAAGGAUAUCUCUUCAGUGCUUGUUGGCAUGAACUCCAUUAAACAGGUUGAGGAAAAUGUUGCUGCUGCUGUGGAGCUUGAAACUGUCGGGAAGGAUGAAAAAACUCUAGCAGAGGUUGAAGCUAUUCUGAAACCUGUGAAGAACCAGACAUGGUCUAGUGGAAUCCAGCAGAGCUGACAAUUUUGCUGUUGUAUGUAAUCAUCUGUAUCUUGUACGCAUUUUUAUUUAUGUUCGUUGCCUUCAUUGGCCUGCUGGCUAGAUAUUAAUUCUUCAGGAGGCCUUAUUCUAUUGUAAUGGAACUCUCUUUACAUGAGAGAGGUUGUGCUUAUAUUAAUGGAGAUGAAUCAAUAAAAUGUGUAUUGUUCACAA